AAAGUUGAGAGGGACCGAGAUGGGCGAGUUAGGCUGCACGACACGCCCGCAGCCCAGGAGGUGGGGCCGCGGCCGCCGGGGCGAGUUUCCUCCCGGCCCACGCCGCCUCCGCCCGCCACGUGACCCGCCGUGUUGUGGUCCGGCCCGCGUGGGUGGCGGGAGCGGCGGGAGGGCGGGGGCGGCCGGGGGGCGGGUCACGUGACGGGGUUUAAAUCUCCCGCAGCCCGAGCCGCGGGGGCGCCAGUGCCGCUAGUCGAGCGGGAGCAGAGGAGGCGAGGCAAGAGGGCCAGAGAGGCAGUUGGAAGAUGGCGGACGAGGCGGCGCUCGCCCUUCAGCCUGGCGGCUCCCCCUCGGCGGUGGCGGCCGAGAGGGAGGCCGCGUCUCCGCCCGCCGGGGAGCCGCUCCGCAAGAGGCCGCGGAGAGACGGUCCGGUCCUCGGGCGGAGCCCGGGCGAGCCCGGCGGGGCGACCCCCGAGAGUGAGGUGCCGGCCGCGGCCGGGGGCUGCCCGGGGGCGGCGGCGGCGCUGUGGCGGGAGGCCCAGCCCGCGGGCGGGGAGCCGGAGGCCCCGGGGGCGGCGGCGGCGGCGGCGGCCGGAGAAGAAGACAAUGGGCCGGGCCUGCAGGGCCUCUCCGGGGAGCCGGCGGCGGCCGAAGACUUGGACGACGACGACGAGGGCGAAGAGGAGGAAGAGGCGGCGGCGGCGGCGAUUGGGUACCGAGAUAACCUUUUGUUUGGUGAUGAAAUAAUCACUAAUGGUUUUCAUUCCUGUGAAAGUGAUGAAGAUGAUAGGGCUUCACAUGCGAGCUCUAGUGACUGGACUCCAAGGCCAAGGAUAGGUCCAUAUACUUUUGUUCAGCAACACCUCAUGAUUGGCACAGAUCCUCGAACGAUUCUUAAAGAUUUGCUACCAGAAACAAUUCCUCCACCUGAAUUAGAUGACAUGACACUGUGGCAGAUUGUUAUUAAUAUCCUGUCAGAACCACCGAAAAGGAAAAAAAGGAAAGAUAUUAAUACAAUUGAAGAUGCUGUGAAAUUACUGCAAGAGUGCAAAAAAAUAAUAGUCCUAACUGGAGCUGGGGUUUCUGUUUCUUGUGGAAUACCUGACUUCAGGUCAAGAGAUGGUAUUUAUGCUCGGCUUGCAGUGGAUUUCCCAGAUCUUCCAGAUCCUCAAGCAAUGUUUGAUAUUGAAUAUUUCAGAAAAGAUCCGAGACCAUUCUUCAAAUUUGCAAAGGAAAUAUAUCCUGGACAGUUCCAGCCGUCUCUCUGUCACAAAUUCAUAGCUUUGUCUGAUAAGGAAGGAAAACUACUUCGCAACUACACUCAAAACAUAGAUACACUGGAACAAGUUGCUGGAAUCCAAAGGAUAAUUCAAUGUCAUGGUUCCUUUGCAACAGCAUCUUGCCUAAUUUGUAAAUACAAAGUUGACUGUGAAGCUGUACGAGGAGAUAUUUUUAACCAGGUGGUACCUCGAUGUCCUAGGUGCCCAGACGAUGAACCACUUGCUAUCAUGAAACCAGAGAUUGUCUUUUUUGGUGAGAAUUUACCGGAACAGUUUCAUAGAGCCAUGAAGUAUGACAAAGAUGAAGUUGAUCUCCUCAUUGUUAUUGGGUCUUCCCUGAAAGUAAGACCAGUAGCACUAAUUCCAAGUUCCAUACCCCAUGAAGUGCCUCAGAUAUUAAUUAAUAGGGAACCUUUGCCUCAUCUGCAUUUUGAUGUAGAGCUUCUUGGAGACUGUGAUGUAAUAAUUAAUGAAUUGUGCCAUCGGUUAGGUGGUGAAUAUGCCAAGCUUUGUUGCAAUCCUGUAAAGCUUUCAGAAAUUACUGAAAAGCCUCCACGAACACAGAGAGAGUCGGCUCAUUUGUCAGAUUUGCCACCCACACCACUUAAUUUUUCGGAAGACUCGAGCUCCCCAGAAAGAACUUCCCUACCAGAUUCUUCAGUGACUGUGACAUUUUUAGACCAAGCAGUUAAGAAUGAUCUUGAAUCAAAAGAUUGUACUGGUGAAAAGUCACAGGAACUACAGACCACUUCGAGGAGUACUGGAAGUGUUACUGAUCAGGCCAGUCCAGAGCUGAAGAAUGUUAUGUCCAGCACUGGGGAGAAGACGGAAAGAACUUCUGUUGCUGACGCAGUGAGGAAGUGCUGGCCUGCUAGACUUGCAAAGGAGCAGAUCAGUAAACGGCUCGAUGGUAACCAGUACCUGUUUUUACCACCAAAUCGUUACAUUUUUCAUGGUGCUGAAGUGUAUUCAGACUCUGAAGAUGACGUCUUAUCCUCUAGUUCUUGCGGCAGUAACAGUGAUAGUGGAACAUGCCAGAGCCCAAGUUUAGAAGAACCCAUGGAGGAUGAAAGUGAGAUUGAGGAAUUUUACAAUGGUUUGGAAGAUGAUGCUGAUGCUACUGAGAGAGCUGGAGGAACUGGAUUUAGAGGUGACCCGGAGGCAGUGAAUGAGGCGAUACCCACAAAAGAGGAGCCGACAGACAUUAACUGUCCGUGAAAUAGACCCUGACUGAACUGUGCAGGUACAGGAACUGGUCCACCAGCAUAUUAGGACUUGUAGCAUGUCAAAAUGAAUGUUUACCUGUGAACUCAGUAGAGCAAGGAAGUCAGAAAGGAAUAAUAUUUAUAGACUGGUGAAAAAAAGUUUCUCAUGGGUGAUUUUUAACUUGCUUAUUUCUGUACUUGUACACUCAACACUAACUUUUUUUUUAAGGUACUAAGUAUCUUCAGUCAGCUGUUAAGACUUUGUUUUAAAGCUUCAUUUGUAUGAUACAUUCACAUGUAUAUAUAAUUUUGUUUUUGCUUAGUGCGUUUCACCAUUUUAAAGUUUUCGAAAAGCCAUUGGGAUGUUAAUGUAAAGGGAACAGCUUACCUAGACCAAAGAAUGGUAUUUUCACACUUUUCUUUAUAACAUUGAAUGAUUUGAAAUUCUCAGAUCUCUGUUCUGCUGAACUUCUGAUUCUUUAUUAGCACAAUUACCUAUUUUUAAACACUGGCAUUUUUCCAGAACUUGUGGCAGCUAACUUUUUAAAAAUCUCCUGACAUGCAGUGUGAGUGGAAGAAAGUCAACAGUAUGUGGGAGGCACUGAGUUGUCUUUGCUUCUUAAAGGAAACUUGAUGCUAAGAAUUUCAGGAAAAUUGUAUUGCUCAAAUGAAGAUGGCUUUUGUACUUCCUGUGGACAUGUAGUGAUGUCUAUAUUGGCUCAUAAAACUAACCUGAAAAAACAAAUAAAAGCUUUGGAAAUGUUUUGAUUGCUUUAGAAACAGUAGUGCCUGCCCUGGGACCCCGUAGUUUUGAGAACAUUUGCCAUUGUUGCUAAAUACCUAUCACUGUGCUAGUGCUGGCAUUGACCCCUUUCCACAAGUAUUAAAGUGCCAAGAUGUGAACACAUAAAGCCCUGAUGAAUCUAAGAACAGUCUUUCCGCUGGGGAGAGUGUAGUAACGUGGACUGUUGCUUUUCUUUUUCCAUUAAUGAGAAUGACAGCUCCAUGAUUAUGGUUCCAAGUUAUUAGAGGUUAACUAUAAUCAGCCAGUAAGUACAUGUCUCCAUUUGAGAGGAUUUGGUGUGACCUCACCUGCUAGCCUGUUAUUCUGGAGAUGAACAUGUGAACCUGUAUAGAACAGUUUAUGAAACGAGGUCAUAACUAUAAUGUGUUUAUUCAAAAGCUUAGCUUGCCAUGGUAAUAGCCGCAGAAGUUUCUAACCUUUCAAAAGGUCAGACUUUAUAGUAUCUCACAGUAAACUUUGAUUUUCCUGACCAUUUCCAAUAUUGAUACCAAAUUAUAAAGUAUUCCUGUGUUACUUUAGUAUUUAUUACAGUUUUUAAAAGGUUUGAAAUGUAGCUGUCAUUUAAGCAUAAGUAACACGCUAGAACCGUUCCUGCGAGAGAAGAAAACUUGACCAUUUCCCUGCCUAGAAGAUAAUCUCCAUCUGUAUUUGGCUCCAAGAAAGAAUGGAGUACGUUUAGCUUUGCUUUUGCAUGGGUGUGUGUGUGUGUGUGUGUAAGCGAGUGUGUGUGUGUGUAAGCGAGUGUGUGUGUGUGAGUAAGCGAGUGUGUGUGUUGAUAUUUUAAAUUGAAAAAAAUUUGUUUUAAAUUAUUUUUACAGUGAAGACUGUUUUCAGCUUUUAUAUUGUACAUAGUCUUUUAUGUAAUCUACUGGCAUAUGUUUUGUAGACUGUUUAAUGACUGGAUAUCUUCCAACUUUUGAAAUACAAAACCAGUGUUUUAUACUUGUACACUGUUUUAAAGUCUAUUAAAAUUGUCAUUCAACUUUU